UACUUAGAUGGCCUGUCUUCACUUGUCGUGCAGGCCACAGCACUGUUUCCAUCCGUUUCUUCUCUCGCUAGCAUCAUCCACGAUGUUGGUAUUGAAGUGCGGCCGCGACGUUCGCGAGGUCCAAAUCAAUACUCGUUACAAGCUGAGAAUUUAGCUGGUCCAUCCGUGCAACGAACACGUCAGCCCAUCUGAGUUUUGAGUGUUCAUCGAUCAUUUGUCCUUCUCAUUAUAUGGUCAGCCGAUCGACGUUUUGCCUUAGAGACGUAUUCCGCUGGAUCGCGAAGAUGGGACAUUGAUCUCCUAUCUGGACUGCGAAGUCCGACGAGAUAUUGA